CCAGAGUGUGUUGGCUUCUCAGCAGCGGCUGCGCUGGGCUAUAUUGAGCGACUCCUCGCUGCUGUGGAACUAGGAGCAGGUGGCAGGCGGAGUCCAGAUCUCAAGCCGUACAUGGUGUAAGAGCUUCAUUGGACAAGAAAAACUCAGAAGAUGCUGAUGACGGGGAAGGAUUUGGCCGAUUGUCAUGGGAAAAUCAUAUUAUUAGAAGGUUUUGCAAGACCUCUGUGUGCAGUCGAGCUUCCCGAUGCUGUAUAAAUUUGAGUUUGUGGACACACUUUUCACCGCAUUACUCCAGCUGUUAAGUCAGUUUGUGCGGUUGCUCCAAGCCUUUGGUUACAACCAGACAACUUUGUGCCAGCGUCUGCGUGGUUGGAUGUAAAAGACUAACGAAGAUGCCUGCUAUUCUAGUUGCCUCCAAGAUGAAGUCGGGACUGCCCAAACCUGUGCAUGGCACUGCUCUACCCAUUCCAGCCAGGGUAGCGACCCAACAGAAGCCUGUGCAGCCCAGCCUCAUCCCCUUGAAGUCUCCCAUCUACAGGCAGCAAAGUCAAAGCAAUGCGACUUUACAGAAAAAGUACCAGACCGCCAAAGAAACAUCAGAAGACCCUCAGAUUUAUACAGACUGGGCCAACCACUACCUAGCCAAGUCCGGACACACACGCCUGAUUAAAGACCUCCAACAGGAUGUUGCCGAUGGCGUUUUGUUGGCAGAAAUCAUUCAGGUUGUAGCAAAUGAGAAGAUUGCCGAUAUCAACGGAUUCCCAGAGAGUCGCUCUCAAAUGAUUGAGAACAUUGAUGCCUGUCUGGGCUUCCUUGCUGCUAAAGGGGUAAAUAUAAAGGGACUUUGCGCUGAAGAGAUCCGCAAAGGCAAUCUGAAGGCCAUUUUAGGCCUGUUCUUCACUCUGUCACGUUUCCGGCAGCAGCAGCAGACUUUGAAACAGGCCUCCAGCAAUGUUCAGUUGCUCCAGAAUAAGCAGGCCCACCGAUGCUCCAGUCCUGCCCUGCGUCCUCACACUCCUCCCUGUAGCUCUCCCUGUCCUUCUCCCAUCCACCAACACUACACAUCCUCCCCAUGUGCACAGUCCAGUCAUCCCUCACAAGGCUUCGAUCAGAAAAAAAAAGCUGUCAGACUCUCAGUUGCUCAGAAAAAGAACUCUAGGCUUCCGAGCCUCUCAGUGAGGGCGGGUGGAGAGAGUAAACCUCGAACCUCAAACAUCAACAGACGCAGCCAAAGCUUUAACCAAUGUGACCGAUUAAAGCCAUCAGUCUCUGCCUGCGCUCAUGAAAGAGAGAAAACUACACCAUCACCCAUAAUGGUUGAUCAUGGACCAAUCAGCUCUUCUAUUCCUCCACCCAGCUGCACCAGCACAUCUAAACCCUGGAGAAGCAAGUCGCUCAGUGCAAAACACACUGCUACAUCCUCCAUGGUCGUGGUUAAACAACCACCCCCAGAUUCUCCUGAGGUUCCUCCUAAGGUGAUCACCCAGAAGUCCAUGCUGGACAAGCUCAAGCUCUUCAACAGCAAAACUGGUUCCAGAACCUCCAAGGUUGUCAGUACAGAAAACCUCAGUGCUGUAGAACCAGAAGAAGGUAAGAUUUGCCCCAUACACCCUGAAGCCCAUCUUGGAAACCAAAGGCCUGUCACUCCCAGCAGUUCUGGUAGCACAAGUCCCAAGCUAGCGCUGAAGGGUAUUGCACAGUUGACGCUAGGAAGGGCUUUAGCACCCAAAAUAGCCUCGGCAAAAGCGACCGAAAAAGUUAAAGAGAAGGCAAAGCCUAAAGAGAAAGACAAGCUCAGACAGCUUCCUGUUUCAGAACCUGACCAUCUAAAAGGAGAUACCAAAACCGAUGGACAUGUUACACCUGAGACUAAGAAGUCUGUUCCCAAAGAAAGCAAAGCCAAAUCAGCAAUGACUGGGAUUCCUAAACCAAGCCAGGGAGGAAAGGCUUCAGGUGCAAAUAAGACUGUAGCAUCGCCCCCUUGUGGUGCGGAGGGAGAACGGUUAAGAAAUGGAAAGAUAGCAGGUCUUUCUGUACAUAAAGGGCAGAAAGACAACAGAAACUACAGCUCUACUUCUAGCUUACCAUUUCCAGAGGGGAAAAGUUGUCAAGAUCUCACUUUUGGUGCUCAGACCCACUCAACAGCCAGCAAUAUGGUCAGUGUACAACUUCCACAGCUCCAAGAACAAUGCAACCAUACCAACACGGCCACUGUUGCCCCAUUCAUGUACAGGUCUCAAACAGAAAUUGAUAAGACUGGGCUUAAGGCAGGAGUGGAGGAAAGGAGAGAACGAACAGGCCUGUGCUGCAGAUCCAUCCAUACUUCUCUGGAGAACCUGACAGGUGAGGACUCUGAAACCAAGAGGCUACGUACUGUGAAAAAUAUCGCUGAUCUGAGGCAAAACCUGGAAGAAACCAUGUCCAGUCUGCGGGGGGCGACUCCUUUCAGUCACAGCACCCUGGAGACGACCUUUGACAGCACCGUAACUACUGCAAUCAAUGGGAGGGCUUUGCUUGCCCUCAGUUCCCGCCCUGCUUCGGCACUGCCAUGGCGACUGGGUUCAUCCAGCCCUCGCCUUCAAGCUGGUGAUGCCCCCUCUUCAGGAAACGCAUUCGUACAGCAUGGCAGUGGCUGUGGGCAGCACACACACAGCCAUCAGACCUGCACGCACAACAGAGUCCACUGUGCCCUUGAACUCUCAGAGAAGGUGGAGGAGCUGGAGGGCGUCGCCAUGGAAACAGCGGGGUACAUGAGUGAUGGAGACGUCCUGGGCAAGAGCAUGAAGAUGGAUACUGUCACCAGUGGAUACAUGACGGACGGAGGUCUCAGCCUGUACUCCAGAAGGGUUAACCGGGUCUCAGAUGGAAUGAACAGCGUGAGAGGGACCGUUCACCACUUUAAUCCCAAGAGUCAAGAUGAUAUUGAUAGUUGGGACGACAGCAGCUCAGUCAGCAGCGGGAUCAGUGACGCCUUGGACACAGAUGACCUCAACACCAGCUCGUCCCUUAGCUCCUACGUCAACACCCCAUCUGUCCCACACAGAGACGUGGAUGAACAGUUCCAGACGGAUGCAGAGAAGCACUCUGCAGUGAAACACAACCCCAACUGGUCCAACAACGACCUUAAACGUUUAGAAGGCAACUCUGACGGUGCCAACAAAAUGGAGACCACAACUAAACGGAAUCACAGGUCCUCAGAUUUCUCAGAUGAAUCAGAACGGAGCUUGAUGGGUCGCAAGACACCUACAAAUUCCCAGACAGGCUCUUGGAGGCGAGGAAUGACCGCCCAAUUGGGCGUCACCUCUCCACGGACGAAAUCUACAAUACCUACGAACUGCAGCUCACUCAAGACACAUGGUAAGACAGACGACGCCAAGGUGUCGGAGAAAGGACGUUCCAACGGCACCCACUCCACAACUGUUGAUGACACCAAGAAACCUCCCCUCAGUUCAACCUCACGCACCCCAACCAGCACUUUUGGCUUCAAGAAGGCUCCAGGAGCAAUGGCGACAAUAACCGCGAGUGGAGCUGUGGUAACUAGUGGCUCUGCGACAGUGGGCAGGAUACCUAAAUCGGUUGGCUUUUCUGAGAGUCGAAUUGUGAGUCGGCAGACGACUGUUGAUGAUGGAUACCUUCCUCCAAGUGCUCGGACAACUCUUCAGUACCGCAGUUUACCGAGGCCUAGUCGUACCAGCAUGGCUCGCUGUUCUAAUCGCUCCAACAACUCGAGCCUUGAUGCUAGUUUUUGCAAUAAAGGUACCGCCACACUUCCCAAUCCUAAGACUCGCAACUUAGUCAAGUCCCCAAUGUCUAACCAGACAGACCGAGAGAAGGGUAUCUUUUCCGAUGUAGAGAGCCAGGUACUUAAAACUAGCACAAAUACCCAGACGGGAUGCCAAGCUGGACGGCAAGUGGGAGGAAAGUAUUCAGAAAUGUCCUCGCCAACCCUUCGUAGACUCUUUGGUAGCAAAUCUUGCAACAUGCAAGCUCCGGUCACGACCAUGGAGAACAUGAAGAACUCCACCAUCAUCUCCAAUCCUCAUGCAACGUCCAUCCAGCAGAAUGGUUCUGUAAACACACCAUGUGUCGCCAGCGGAGGCAGUGGCCUGACGGUGCCCUCUGGGGGUCAUGGAGAGCAGACCCUUUGUUCUAUGACCUCCAGCCCUGCAUCAGCUUUCUCUCCUUGGGGGGCCAGGGAUGGGUCAGGCUCCAAUCACAUCACUAGUGACUCUAUUGAUGCUUCCUUGGGAAAGGAAGAUUUAUGUCUUAAUCGGACCAACAGCACCCAAAAUGGCCUCUCAGACAGCCCUCACUCCUCCCCCUCUGCUAGCCCUAAAUUUAUCUGCAACACACUCCCAUGGAAACAGGACAGGUAUGGCUAUGUGCCUCAGGUCAAAGGUCAUGAAGAGGCCCGUGAUUGGCUACGUUCUCCCUCGGCUGUUGGGCUCCCGGAUUCAAUUGGCUCUACCCCCUACACCCCUGCCUCUGCAUUCAGCUCGCCCUCCGGCACACGCUUCAACUUUAGCACACUUGGCAGUCCCACCACAGCUUCUCAGAUAGCAACUUUGCGCGGCACCAACGGUCAGGGCAAUCACGACAACCUGUGCGACCCUUACAUCGAUCCACGUCUGAGGAACACCUCGAUGAGCCUGGAGGAAAGGAGCCGCACUGUGAGCAGCUCCGGAUCAUUCCGUGAGGGCCUGGAGGAAGUUCAUGGCUCAUCUCUGUCUCUAGUCUCUAGCACAUCGUCAGUUUACUCUACGCCUGAGGAAAAGUCUCAAACGGAGAUCCGUAAGCUGCGGAGGGAACUGGACGCGUCGCAGGAGAAGGUCUCGGCGCUCACAACACAGCUCAGUGCCAAUGCUCACCUUGUGGCGGCUUUUGAGCAGAGUUUAGGAAACAUGACCAUCCGAUUGCAGAGCCUGACGACGACGGCAGAACAGAAGGACACAGAGCUGAAUGACUUGAGGAAGAACAUUGAGCUCCUUCAGAAGCAGAACUCAGUGACUCAAGCCACCAUCAAUGGAGUCAUUAACACACCAGACCCAACAUUAACAAACCGCAAGGUUUCUCUUGAUUCUGUCAACGGGUCGCCUCAGUCCCAGCGGGAGUUGCGGAUCCACAGGCAGCCCUCAUCAGACAGCGUCUCCAGCAUGACCAGCGCCACCAGCCACUCCAGCAUCGGCAGCAACCUAGAGCUGGAUGCUAAGAACAAGAAGAAGAAGAAAAACUGGCUGCGGAGCUCCUUUAAACAAGCAUUUGGGAAGAAAAAGUCUCCUAAAUCGGCGUCCUCUCACUCGGACAUUGAAGAGAUGACUGACACUUCUAUGCCAUCUUCACCCAAACUCCCCUAUAAAGGCUCAAUGGCCUCUUCUCCAAUGAUACGCAACUCCCACUCCAACUCCCUUCCUCAACUGUCCUCGCUGCCUGCAGACGGGCCUGUCUGGGGCAGUAGCAGCAAGUCCAUGAGGUCUGCCUCACUGGCACGGAUUUCAGAGUGUACGGACAGUGAGGCUGAAACAGUCAUGCAGUUGCGCAGUGAACUGCGUGAUAAAGAAAUGAAGCUCACAGACAUCAGAUUGGAGGCCCUCAGCUCCGCCCACCAAUUGGACCAAUUACGAGAGUCCAUGAACCGCAUGCAAAUUGAGAUUGAGAGGCUGAAAGUGGAGAAUGACAGAUUAAAGAUGGAGAGCCAAGGCAGUGGCAGCAGAGCUCCUUCUCAGAUGUCCAUCUCCCCUUGUUCUGUGGGCCUUUCUUCUCAACUCAGCCUCACAGAAUCCACCAGCUUAGAUAUGUUGCUAGAAGACAGUGGAGAUGGAAGUUCCUGGAAAGAGGGACAGCAUGUGAAGGUCGUGGUCAGUCUGGAGAAAGAUCCAGAGUGGAAAGAGGAGUGCAGACCUUCUCAGUUCUUGCUGGGCUGCAUUGGUGUCAGUGGAAAAACCAAAUGGGAUGUCCUAGAUGGCGUAGUCAGACGACUCUUUAAGGAAUAUAUCAUCUACGUAGAUCCUGUCACGCAGCUGGGUCUGAACACUGACAGUGUGAUGGAGUACAGCAUUGCAGACAUCCAUCAUGCCACUGAUGCAGACACACCAGAACUCCUGCCAUGCGGUUAUCUUGUGGGAGAAAGCGACACCAUCUCUGUCAAGCUGAAAGACUUGUCUGUCAAUAGUGAGGACAGUUUGGCAUUCGAGACGCUCAUUCCGAAGCCAGUUCUGCAGCGAUACAUCUCUCAGCUGGAGGAGCACAGACGAAUCAUCUUUUCAGGGCCUUCUGGGACAGGGAAGAGCUUUCUAGCCAGCAGACUGGCCGAGUACUUGGUCCUGAAAGAGGGAAAACAGCUGGAACAUCAAGCAAUUGCCACUUUCAAUGUGGAUAACAAAACUACUAAGGAGCUGAAGCAGUACUUGUCCAACCUGGCAGACCUGUGUAAAACCAAUGCACAUGCUGUUGACAUACCUGUGGUGCUUAUACUAGAUAACCUUCACCAUAUCACCUCACUGGCUGAGAUUUUCAACGGCUUGCUCAACUGCAAGAACCACCAGUGUCCUUACAUCAUUGGAACCAUGAAUCAAACCCCGUCACCAACUCCAAAUCUACAGCUUCAUCAUAAUUUCAGAUGGGUUUUGUGUGCCAAUCAUAUGGAGCCACUGAAAGGUUUUCUGGGUCGGUACCUGCGACGGAAGCUUCUAGAAACCGAGAUCAGCAGUCGUGUGAGGAACGGCGAGCUAGUUAAGAUUAUUGAGUGGAUCCCAUGUGUUUGGCAUCAUCUCAACCGCUUCCUGGAAACACACAGUUCUUCUGAUGUCACAAUUGGACCUCGACUCUUUUUGUCCUGCCCAAUGGACGUUGAAGGCUCAAGAGUGUGGUUCACUGAUCUGUGGAACUACUCCAUCAUCCCCUACAUGCUGGAGGCUGUCAGAGAAGGGCUGCAGACGUAUGGCCGUAAGGCAGCAUGGGAGGACCCGGCGAAGUGGGUGAUUGAGAGCUUCCCUUGGGUGGCAAGUCCACAGCAACACGAGUGGCAUUCCCUGCUGCGACUUCGACCAGAGGACGUUGGGUUCGACGGGUACUAUAUAUCUCAGGAGGGCAGUCCUCGCAAGCAGCCUGCUCAGGGAAAAUCAGAAGACGACCCACUGAUGAAUAUGUUAAUGAGGUUGAAGGAGACGGCUCACUGCGGAGGGACAGAGAGCUACGACAGUGAUUCCACCAGCAACAGUCACCAAGAUGACACGCUGGACUCUACUGAGACUUUUUAAUAUCAGAUUUGUCUUUUAUAUGAAUCUACAAGGUGCUGGUAACCUGUAAAACAGGGUGCUGGAAACCCAGAAAAAAAUCAGUAUUGCUUAGUAAGUCACAUCACAGCCUAAUCAUCACCUGAAAUGCAAGAAAAAACAUGUUCAAGAGGUUUAAUAUUCAUCAAAGAUCGUCAUUUCCUGAAAUCGACACUAGAUGGUGGUAUAGAUGUGUUCAAAAAGGAGAUAAACCUAGUUGAAGAUGUAGCAACUCCCAAGACUGUUGCCAAUUCUUGUUUAUUUUCAGUCAUAUAUUAAACUUUCUAAAUUCUA